UACCCACCCUGAAAGGAUCGAUCGAGAAGAAAAGUCUUGUUGUUGUCUUAAAGCCGAGCUUUAAAGCCCUUGUUUCAGUCGUAUGCCUGCUCAAAAUACGCCUUUAAGUGGCACAGUUUGUCUCUAUGUCAAUGUUUUGUAGGUUUAUAUCAUAGAUCGUCUAGAGUCUAGUAAAUUACUGUAUUGAGUCAACAAUCACAUUCAACUGUCAAGCAUUGACAACUCUCCCUUGUAACCGAAGAACAGGUUUCUAGUACAGGAGUGAGUGACUGUAAUAAGAUACAUCAAAAUGGAAGCAGUAUCACUACAUGACUUCCAUGCAACAGCUGACGAUGAGCUGUCUUUCAAGAAAGGAUCGAUUUUGAAGGUAUUGAACACUGAGGAUGACAAACACUGGUUCAAAGCAGAGCAAGAUGGAAAGGAUGGACUUAUCCCUAAGAACUAUAUUCAACUGAAACCUCACGAAUGGUUCCAUGGACGUAUCACUCGUGCCAAAGCGGAAGAAAUUCUGAGCAGACAACCCCACGACGGAGCGUUCCUCAUCAGAGAGAGUGAAAGUACUCCUGGUGAUUUCUCUCUAUCUGUAAAGUUUGGAGGUGGCGUCCAACACUUUAAAGUACUUCGAGAUGGUGCAGGGAAAUACUUUCUGUGGGUGGUCAAAUUCAAUUCACUGAAUCAGUUGGUAGACUAUCAUCGAACAUCGUCUGUCUCUCGGACGCAAACAAUUUACCUCAAAGACAUGGUAGCAGAGGUGACCAAGGUUCUAGCCGCAUUCGACUUUGAACCCCAAGAAGCAGGAGAGUUAAAACUGCAGAAAGGAGAUGCUAUCGAAGUAUUGGACAAAAGUGAUCCUAACUGGUGGAAAGGCAGAUGUAAUGGAAUGGAGGGCAUGUUUCCUGUACCGUACGUCAAGGAACAAUAACCACUAUGAAAUCUAAUUUAUACUGAGAACCGUCUCUGCAAAUACUGUUACAUUACUUGUGUACACAUCUUUUGUGAAUUGCAUGUGCGUGUACGCCACUAGGUAUGUUUGUAGUUUUCUUGUAUGUGACCAGUAAAUUAAUGGGUAUAUAUAUGCACCACUAUAGUUUGUUUAGUUUAAGUGUUAUAUGUAAGUAUGUGGAACAAAUUCAUCUGAUGUCUUCUUUUUAGUUUGUUUUUUUGUGCUUCUUGACUGUGUGUACCUAUCAUUAAUUUUUGUAGCGGUGCAAUUUACCAAUGUGUAGUGUGUGGUGAUUAUCCAAGCACAUUAAGCUCUCCCCACACACUAUUUUGCAUCAAUAUUUAUCUGUGUGC